UACUGCGUGUCAAUUUGUACCACGGAUGGCUCCCUGAUCCCCAAUUUGUGGAAAUUAGAAAGGCUGUUGGAGAUCUGACCUACAAUCAGCUUGUGGAGCAAAUAUGUGACGAACGAAAUCAUAAUCGAUUGUUACUACAAGAGUUUUUGGACGAAAAUGUUACACAACUGACUUAUCAUGGAUUAAUUGGCCUCAUGGAAGCGAUGCAAGAUGGAGAACUUGCCGUGCUGUUUCGAAACAACCAUUUUCAUACGAUACAUAGGAGAAAGGAUCUGCUCUACUUGCUGGUGUCUGACAGUGGUUACGCUAACGAACCAUCCAUCGUUUGGGAGUCUUUCAAUAACGUUGACGGCAGUUCGAUUUUCUUCGCUAGCGACUUUACUAUUGGCUCUCCUCGUUCUAGUACUGGUACGAGUGGCUCGCAAGUUCCAUGCUCCACGGAUGUUGACUUUUUGCUGGCCCAAGAAAUGCAAGCUUGUGAAGAAGAGCUAGCUCGACAAGAAGCUGAACAAGCUGCUAGAGAAAGAGCUUCAGCUCAAAAGUCAGCGCUACCCUUCUCCUACUGA